AUGGCGCCAGCCUUCAGCCGAGUCUGCUUUUACAACUACCAGAAUGGUGCUGAGGACCAAAGCGAAAGAGUCCAAUAUUCCCUAAAAGAGAAUCCCGAGAAUGGCUCAAUAACUGUCCCACUUAGGAUUGAAGACAGUGAUUCUCCCCUUGACCUUGAUUUGAUUUCGAGCAAGCUCUGGAGGCCUGGUCGUGAGCUGAAAAUCGGGUUUCUUUCCGGAACGGAAUGGCAGCGGGAUCAAGUCAAGAAAUAUGCCACGCACUGGACGCUUUAUGCCAACAUCCGCUUCACUUUCGUUACUGAUAUGGCAUCUUUCCCCCCAGAUGUUCUGGUUGACUUUGAUGCGUCAAAAGGGACGUGGUCUUACCUUGGAACGGACUGUGGCUAUUGGAGUUCCCAGGGAAGACCGUCGGUAAACUUGGCGUGGAUUAUUGACAGGAGGCCUCAGGCAGAACUUCGCGCUGAUAUUCUGCACCAGUUCGGGCAUGUGUUAGGACGUGUUCAUGAGGAUGAGAAGCCACAAGCGCUAUUCCCUUGGAACACGGACCAAAUAUAUAGGGAUCUAGGGGGUCCGCCAACUUGUUGGGAUCGAUCGCAAGUGGAUAGAUGUUACUUUGCCAGGUUUCUCCUCAAGACAGUACAAGGAACCCAAAUUGACCCUUCGUCUAUAAUGCGGAAUUACUACCCGUCUACCUGGACCUGGAAUGAAGGAAGAACAAUUUUUAAUCUUGAUCUAUCAGAGCACGACAAAGAAUAUAUUCGUUACUACUACCCCAGUCAAGGGAACCUUGCCCGCAACUUCAAUACGAUGGAAAUUGAUCGACCGGAAAAAGUGGAAACUAUUCAGAAGCACCAUGAAAAAAAACAGUGUUUCAACCAGACACAGUCGGAGUCUUCGAACAUUAUUACUGGAAUCAACUGGGUCAGUUUCAGGCCGCACAACCGUAUCCGGCUUGAUGCAAACAUAGUCGAACAUGACCAGAAAAAGGGCACUGCAAGCAUCAGAGUAUGGUCUGAGUCACCUAUGUACUCUGCGGGUAUGAACUGGUUCGAAAUGGGAUCAAGAUUCCCAUUUGUUCAACACGGUGUAUUCAACUGUCAUGAUUUACAGGGAAAAGGGAAGUCUAAGACCAUCACAUUCUCCACACCUUUUAGUGAGCCACCAAGGGUGGUAUGCCUUAUCAAGUCCCUAGACCUGGAUGGAGAAAAUAACUGGCGUUUCAGAGCCUCUCCUACCAGAAUUACUGCGAAAGGAUUCAAAGUGAGCGCCGAGGCAUGGCAUAACAGCACACUCUACGAGGCUAAUGUAGUUUGGGUGGCUCACCCUGCCGAUCGGUCAAAUGUCGCCAGUGGCGGCGUAGCUGCCACAGAUACCAGACCCUGGUGGAAGCCUCAGCAGAACAACUCUUUCGAGGUCACAUUUGACAAGCCUUUUCUCAAGGUACCCAGAGUGGUGCUCGGCUUCCAUACCUUUGACUACGACAGUGGAAAAUGUCUAAACAGCCGAGCGAGUGUCUCUCUGGUAACACAAACUGGGUUUCACUGUCAUAUACAGGCUUGGGGAGACUCAAUUAUGCAUAGAGCUGGAGUGAGCUACCUUGCACCUGCUGGACGCUUGAUUUCGGGCAAUGAUGUCCAUUACCCAGCCUUUGUGCCUUGCAAAGAUGCCUGUUGGUCAGUUAAUGAUGGAGUUCUAAAGACUAUUUCUCAAGCCUUUGUUAAUUUGAGAAUCUUAAAUCUUCAUAUGCGAUGGGGAAAAGUAUGGUUUGAUAUUUGGGUGUACAUCGACAGGUGUGUACCGAAAAUAGAGACUCGAUGA